UAAAACAAGACGGUCUCGGCCAGAAGUGCUCGAAGGCCAUCUCAUGCAAGCCGCAAGAGGUCUCGUGCCAACCACAACAAGGCUUUCAGAACAUGCUUUCGAUUACGCCUAUAAGCACGCCAGGACGCCUCCCGCUCGACGAGGCGAAGCAGCCGAGGCCCGGCGCGGCGCAGGCCCCGCCGGCCGCGGGGCCGCGCGCGGGGGCCGAGCCGGGGCCGCUGCUGCGAGAAGCGCGCCCAGGGUCCGCCGGUGCCGCCGCCUGCGCGCCGCCGGCAUGACCGGGCUGUGGCGGGACCCGGAUGGGGACGUGGCGCACGAGUUCUGGGAGGAGGACCCGCGCUCGGGGGACCUGCUGCGGGUGGCCAGCGCCAGGCUGAGCAGGGUGCCGGAGGGGCCCUGACGCGCCCCCCUUUGGGCGUGCAUGGGUCUGCGCCCCGGAUACACUUCUGAUGGCCCUGGGGCUCGGUUUCGGGCCCCAGACAAGAGCGUCCCGAUUCAGAUCGUGGGACCGGAGGGACGGAGACCCGGGGGAACGGGAGCAUCAGU